AUGAUAUAUGAAGUGGAAUUCCUUUCUUCAUCCAUUGCACAACUUAAAGUGGUACAGACAAAAUAUGUGGAAGCAAAGGACUGCCUGACUGUCUUGAAUAAAAGCAACGAAGGUAAAGAGCUCCUGGUUCCACUCUCUAGCUCUAUGUAUGUUCCUGGGAAACUUUCAGACGUUGGCAAUGUCUUAAUAGAUGUAGGAACAGGUUACUACGUAGAAAAGUCAGUGGAUGAUGCCAGAGAUUUCUUCAAGAGGAAGAUCGAUUUCCUAACCAAACAGAUUGAGAAGAUCCAGCCAGCACUGCAGGAGAAACAUGGAAUGAAGCAAGCCGUGAUGGAGAUGAUGAGCCAGAAGAUUCAGCAGCUAACAGCAGCAGGGGCUUCACAAGCAGCAGCAACAAAGGCCUAGCAAACACAGGUCAUUCAUGUAUCUACAGUUUGUCUCUUUGUGAUACAGUCCAACAUUGUACCCUCAAAGUGCAGCAAUCCAGACAACUGGGGUUUUUAUUUUCGGGGGAGGGAUGUCUCUAUUUGCUUGAAUGUGUGUGGAAUUCUGGUUUGGCCCUAAUCUGGAAAUGAUGGCAUCUUGCAGAUUCAUUUGUUUGCAAUCUUACAGUGGCUCUGUGGCUAGAGGCCUUGUGUUUCUGGUGAUCUAAUUCCAGACGCCAGUAAAACUUCGUUACUUGUAAAUGGAAUUGUAUAAAAAUAAACAGACAGGUUUACAGAG